AUGUCGUUCCGCUACACGAACCAUCUCGUGGCAACCCUUAAGCACCGCCUCUUCCUCGAAGCGGCGCACCGGCAGCUGGUUCGCCAAACCUUUACCGGCGUGUGCAAUGGCAUCGAGGUGACCUGCACCGCGUACGGCUCCGUGGUAGGCCUGAGGAUGCUGGAUGGGGCGGUAUGGGAGCCGCACUACCAGGUCGCGCCAGACACAGAGUCCGAGGCGGCAGCAGCAGCAGCCCCAGCCGCCGUCUCUCCGUCGCGCCCCUCGUCGGCCUCGUCCUCCUCCACCGCGAGCGGAAAGACGGGGAUCGACCUGGUAAAGCUGUCCGCCAGCAUCCAGGCUGCCACGUGGCAAGCGAUAUGGAAAGUGCGAGCGGCGAAGGAGGAGGCACACAGCCGCUCGCUUCGCCGAAACCCGCAGCUGCUCGCGGAGGCGAAGCUGCGCGACUGGUAUGAGCAAGACGCGAACACGCUGCACCCGCGGCCUUUUGAUGGCCUGAAGAACCUCCAGGCAACGGAGUGGAUGCAGGCAGUGCGCUUCGGCGUGCCGCAGCCGGCGCGCUACCGGCGCGCCAAUGCGGCACCCAAAGACGCAGGGGAAGGUGGCGAUGGUGCGCACACGGACCAGAAGCCCUGCGAGACGAUCAUGGUGCUACGGGACGAGGACUGCGACCCCGCCAACAUCCCGAUCGGCUCCGUCCAUCCGCUCUUCGCACCGGGUCUGCUGCAGCUCGAGCUGGACCCUAACAUUGCGACGAACGGCGGCAGCCGCAUUGAUGAGUUGUUUGUGCUGAGCGAGCAGCGGAAGGAAAUGCGCCGUGACGAGGAGGCCUUCUGGGAGCGUGUCGAGCUCAUCCGCCGCAGCCAGCUUGCCACGAUCCCGAAGGGUGGCGUAAAGCGUGGCUACGCGGACAUGGCGGAUACGGUGCAGGACAACAUCGAAGAAAAGGUCCAGCUGCGCUUUACACAGUGA